AAUUUCAGUUGAUGACCAUAUCGCGCUUUUAGAUAGAUCGCCAUCGUUGGAACAGUUUUUCAUUUUUGAUAGAGUCAAUGUUAAUUUGUUGUGUUUUAAAAGAACAUUAUCGCCACUAACUGUCGUAUAUCUGUUGAACCGAAAUGCAUACCAUGGAACCAAUCAAUAUCGAAAUAGCGUGUACCCGAGGCUUUAACAAAAAGUCGCCCCACGCCGAUCUAAUAAAAGCGAUUCACCUAUACCUAACGGAGAAUAAAACUCUGCCCAAGGAUCACGUCUUCAAGGUGACCUAUCCCAAUGUGGAAAGUGUUACGGUUUGCAACACCGUGGAGGAGCAAAACCCGCGAACCGAUUUGAGAAUGUUUACUUACCUGUUAAACGAUGAGACCAGUGAGGAGGAAACCAUUCAGCAGGAUGGGGACGAGAUUCAGGUGGCCAACCAUUGGCUGCUGCCCACGAGAGAUUUCCACGGCAUGUGGGAGAGUUUGAUCUACGAGGAUGAUCUGAAGCACGAUUUGUUGAGCUUCAUGCAGACUACGAUGCUGUUCUCGCGGAAGAAGGUCAACACCAAUCUGAUCGCUUGCAACAGAUUGAUCUUGCUGCACGGCCCACCAGGAACAGGUAAGACCAGUCUAUGUAAAGCCCUCGCCCAAAAGCUUGCCGUUCGAAUGAGUGAAGAUUACAACCAUGCGCAUCUUGUCGAGAUCAACAGCCAUAGUCUAUUCUCGAAGUGGUUCUCAGAGAGUGGAAAGCUUGUCCAAAAGGUUUUCGAUCAAAUUCAUAGCUUGUGCCAGGAUAGGACAUCUUUGGUGUGUGUUCUGGUCGAUGAGGUCGAAUCGAUCGCCUUCGCUCGGGAUGCAAUCUCCAAUAACGAACCUAGCGACAGCAUCCGGGUGGUCAAUGCCGUACUGACCCAGCUGGAUCGCAUCCGGAAGUACCCGAACGUGUUUGUACUGGCCACUUCAAAUCUCACUGGAAGCAUAGAUCUCGCCUUCCUGGACCGCGCGGAUAUUGUGCAGUACAUCGGCAAUCCCAGUCUAGCGGCCAUCUACGAAAUCUAUCGUACGACGCUGAAGAACCUGCAGGAAGUUGGGAUCGUCACCGAUUCGGAAGAGCUUCCGGUGUUGGCAGAUUCCGACGCAACUGUGGUGAGCAAGAAUCUGAAAUCGUUGGCAGAACUGAGCGUGGGUAUGAGUGGCCGCAGCUUGCGAAAGGUUCCCUUCUUGGCGCAUGCGUUAUUCGUGAAACAGGAGCAGACCACUCUGCUCAAGUUUCUGGGAGCCAUGAGGAAUACGGUUCGGAAGGUCAAGAAUGACAUGAAGAUGCUCAAGGGGAAAAGUACGAUUUCCGGUGCUCCAACGGGAGAAGAUUCGGGAAAUUACGAGGGUAGUGUGUUGAAUGGAGGAUGUAGUGAGUAUCAGGAAUCUUUGGGUCCUCUACCAUAAUGGUUGGGAAUCUCUGUAAAUUUAAGGUAAUCAGUUAGGCUGUAAAUAUUUUCUAUGAUGUUUGUGAGACCUAUAAAAUAUAUUCAUAGCCU